AUAGUUGACGGAUAUUCAGAAAAGUCAGACCACGAGUCAGUCGGCUGUAAUCGAUCUCCUUUCACCAGUGGAGACACAGGGAUGGGCGGCAGGUGGUCCAGAAGCAGGGCGGUGGGUCCCAACAUGCCAGGUGACUCUCCUCGGCUGAAGGCUCCAGGAGACUGCUUGGGCUCGAUACCUGGAGAUGCCCUCUACAAUAGGUCUCUCGCAACUGUAGACCGGCCCAUGGAGCAAGUGCUCAGCAAUGGUGACGGCAUUGAGUUGCCGCAGAGGGUCCUCUUCUCUCCAGACCAACUCAAUCUGAAGUGGACCCAGGUUCACCCUAUCGGUGCCGGACUAAAGAACAUGGGGAACACAUGCUUCCUCAACUCAACACUACAGUGUCUCACCUACACGCCUCCAUUUGCUAACUUUUUGCUGUCAGGCCUGCACUCCAAAACAUGUCACCUGUCGGGGUUCUGUAUGAUGUGUUGCAUGGAAAACCACAUCAUUGAGGUCUUUUCCAAAUCUGGGAAUGUCAUCAAGAUCGUUGGUGUGGUUAAUGAGCUCCAUAGGAAAGCAAAAAAAUACUACAUUGGAAGUAAAGGGGAUGCCCAUGAAUUCCUGCGGUACACAAUGGAGGCUAUGCAAAAGUCCUGCUUACCUGGAACCGAAAUUGACAUGCAGACAGAGGCAACAACUUUCAUCCAUCAAGUAUUUGGCGGGUACCUAAGGUCCAGAAUUAAAUGUUUAAACUGCAACGCAGUUUCGGAUAAAUUUGAGACAUUUUUAGAUAUUUCUCUGCAAAUUAAGGUAAUUCCUCAAAUUUCUCAAGCUCUGGAGCAGUUUUUUAAGCUUGAUCAGCUUGAAGGUGACAACGCCUACAAUUGCACCAAGUGCAAUAAAACGGUCACAGCCUCGAAGGGAUUUAGCAUUCACCGCAACCCCAACGUGCUCACCCUGGCACUCAAACCCUCUGUAAACAUCAAAGGACACAAAAUGACUAAGAAUGUAAAAUAUCCAGAGUACCUGGACAUGCGGCCGUUCAUGUCUCAGACUCAAGGAGAGUCCCAACUCUACGGCCUGUACGCUGUGAUGGUCCACUCUGGACACAGCUGUCACGCUGGACACUUCUUCUGCUAUAUUAAGUCGAGCGAUGGUGAGUGGCAUGAGAUGAACGACGCCUCUGUGUCCGUCAGUGACAUCACCACUGUUCUCAACCAGCCGGCCUAUGUCCUGUUCUACAUAAAGUCCAGUGAUGAAAAAACAGCAGACUGCAGUCACAUGAACCACAACACUGGAAUCCCAUCCUCCUCCUCCCCCACCUCCAUCUCCCACUCAAUCAGCCGGCCCACAAUGAUCCCAGACCAUGACAAACGUCAGAAGCUUUCAUCUUUCAUUAGAGAAAGCAAGCAGAACCGCCCAUCCUCCUCACCCCCCUACUCCUCUUCCUCCUCCUCCUCCUCCACCUCCUCCUCCACCUCCAUCUCCCACUCCAUCAGCCGGCUCACCAACAACACCUCUGACAAGAUCUCUGGCAGUGAUCAUGCAUCUUUGUCCUCAGUGGCUACCCUUGCGGCUGAUGGUUUAGAUGGUGACCAUAGUCCAACAAGCAAAGUGGCUUAUAAUUCAGCCUCUUCAUCAGAAACCUGUUCUGCUCGGAGCAUCCAUCCUGCCACCAGUGGGACAUCUGAUGCAACAGAGCAUGUUGGCAUAAGUGAGGAUGAAUCCAAGAAGCUACCACAGAAAAACGGGCCAUCGGCAGGGAUGGAAGGAAGAACGGCCGCCAAGCCCAGUUCUAGUAGCAGCAAUGGACAAUAUUCCCGAGACAGAGACAGGCUGCACUCUGACUGGACAAACUACAGGGACCGGAGCCCAGAUCAGGAGAGUGACGGUGAUCGGCACCGGCACAGACGGGACUACAGAGAUCACCGGCACAAUCAUCACUUUCACAGUGAUAAUUUGUCUCCUCACGAUCGACAUUACAGAGACUGGAACUCUGAGUGUCGCUAUGAGCGAACUGUCCACCACCCCAGGGAGAGCUACCGCGACAGGUCCUCUCACCAUUACCACCGCCAACGAUCCAGAGAUGAUACGGACUUUGAGCAGAGGGGGUACCGUCACUCCAACUGUGAAGAGUUUCAUAGUCGCUGGAGGUGGCCGCAGGAGAGUCGGGAAUCCCGGGUAACCGGGGAAAAGAGAAACGCCAGGGAGAGGAACUCUUACCCUUCAAAAAAGGACACUUCCCUUCUUGCCACAGUGGCAGAUACAUCGGCGAUGUACAAAGGCUCACCGCCUCAGCAUCCUCGCUCCAUGUUGAGAUCAGCUCCAAACACAGACGAUCAAAAUCCCAAGAGGGCUGCUGAUAAUCUGAUCAGAGAGAGAAACUACAGGGACCGGAGCCCAGAUCGGGAGAGUGACGGUGAUCGGCACCGGUACAGACGGGACUACAGAGAUCACCGGCACAAUCACUGCUUUCACAGUGAUCAUUUGUCUCCUCACGAUCGACAUUACAGAGACUGGAACUCUGAGUGUCGCUAUGAGCAAACUUUCCACCACCCCAGGGAGAGCUACCGCGACAGGUCCUCUCACCAUUACCACCGCCAACGAUCCAGAGAUGAUACGGACUUUGAGCGGAGGGGGUACCGUCACUCGAAACGUGAAGAGUUUCGUAGUCGCUGGAAGUGUCCGCAGGAGAGUCGGGAAUCCUGGGUAACCGGGGAAAAGAGAAACGACAGGGAGAGGAGCUCUUACCCUUCAAAAAAGGAGACUUCCCUUCUUGCAACAGUGGCAGGUACAUCGGCGAUGUACAAAGGCUCGCCGCAUCGGCAUCCUCGCUCCAUGUCGAGAUCAGCUCCAAACACAGACGAUCAAAAUCCCAAGAGGGCUGCUGAUAAUCUGAUCAGAGAGAGAAACUACAGGGACCGGAGCCCAGAUCGGGAGAGUGACGGUGAUCGGCACCGGUACAGACGGGACUACAGAGAUCACCGGCACAAUCAUCGCUUUCACAGUGAUCAUUUGUCUCCUCACGAUCAACAUUACAGAGACUGGAACUCUGAGCGUCGCUAUGAGCGAACUGUCCACCACCCCAGGGAGAGCUACCGCGACAGGUCCUCUCACCAUUACCACCGCCAACGAUCCAGAGAUGAUCGGGACUUUGAGCGGAGGGGGAACCGCAAUUCCAACCGUGAAGAGUUUCGUGGUCGCUGGAGGUGUCCGCAGGAGAGUCGUGAAUCCCGGGUAACGGAGGAAAAGAGGAACUCUUAUCCUUUUAAAGAGGUGACAUCCUUUCCUGCCACAGUAUCAGAUACAGCUGCAAAGCCUCUGCCUCCCCACUUCAUGUCGAGAUCAGCUCCAAAGCGCAAGAGGGCUGCUGCUAAUAAUAACAAGAAAAAUAAGUCAAAGGACAAAAACCAAGACAGAGAGAGCGGAAAUGCUGACGUGGAUUCAGAUUUAAUUGAUGAAAUAAAAAAGGAGAAGAAAAGCAGGCGGCAGCGGGUUGACGAGUCCAAGCAGUACAGCCAAGGCGCUGCAAAGAGGCCCAAGAACAGUCGCAUGGACCCUGAAAUCCGCAAGCGGAAGUUCUGUCAUAUCGAGGUCUGUACAUGCAUCUAUGGUUUUCCACCAGACAAAGGCCGCCACUGCUUCUCCAGUGGCAUCGAACACUGA